AUGCCCGCAGCUUUACCAACCGUGACGGUUCAAAACGGGAACGGCGCCUCUGUCGCGCUCCCGGAAGUUUUCACUUCGCCGAUCAGACCUGAUAUCGUCAAUGCCGUGCACACCGGAUUGAACAAAAACUCGCGUCAAGCGUACGCCGUCUCCUUGGAAGCGGGUCACCAAACCGCCGCAGAGUCCUGGGGUACCGGUCGCGCCGUGUCUCGUAUCCCGCGUGUUCCGGGUGGUGGUACUCACCGCGCCGGUCAAGGGGCCUUCGGUAACAUGUGUCGUGGUGGUCGCAUGUUCGCGCCGACCAAGACGUGGAGAAAGUGGCACCGCAAGGUGAACUUGAAGGAGAAGCGCUACGCCGUGUGCUCCGCGUUGGCGGCGUCGGCGGUGCCGGCGUUGUUGAUGGCGAGAGGUCACAGAGUCGAAAACGUGCCGGAAGUGCCGUUAGUGUUGGACGAUUCCUGCGAAGGUACGACCAAGACGAGCGAGGCGAUUAAGAUUUUGAAGGCGUGCGGCGCGUUUGACGACAUCGAAAGAGUCAAGGCGUCCAGAGCCGUCAGAGCGGGUAAGGGUAAGAUGCGUAACCGCAGAUACGUCCAACGUAAAGGUCCGUUAGUUGUAUACGCGAACGAUUCGGGUAUGACCAGAGCGUUUAGAAACAUUCCGGGCGUUGAGUUGUGCUCGGUUGACAGACUCGGUUUGUUGUCUUUGGCGCCGGGGGGUCACUUGGGUAGAUUUAUCAUCUGGACGAAGAGCGCGUUUGAAAAGUUGGACGGUGUCUUUGGCACCAAGGCGCAAGCCAGUUCCUCCAAGAAGGGAUGGAAGCCCCCGGCGCACAUCAUGACGCAACCGGAUUUGAGCAGACUCAUCAACUCUGACGAAAUCCAAUCCGUCGUCAACGCUCCGAAGACUGGCAAGACGAGAGCGCACGCGCCGCUCAAGAGAAACCCGCUCAAGAACAAGGCGGCUAUGGACAGACUCAACCCGUACGCGAAGGUUGCCGCGGAAAUGCGCCAACGCGCGGAAGCGGAGAGAGCGAAAGCGAAGGCGGGCAAGAAGGCGGGCGCCCGAUCCGCGGUUGGCCAAAAGUUCUACGAAGCCAUGCUCGUCGAAUCCGAAUACCACAAGGGUGGAGACGACGCCGAGUUGUUCGAAAACUACAAGUUCUGGUUAGGCGAAGAACAAGUGGAAGCGAAGCCGGAAUAA